AUGGAUCCGUCAUCCACAGCCUCAGCAGGCCCAUCGCGUGUCACGCGACAGGGAACAGAGGCAGACAGGCUCGCCGCAACGCAGCGCAAGAACGCCUCCGGAGCUCUUGGCGCUUCCAGGUUGACAUCGUCCUCGUCAAAGAAUGGGCCAUCGCGCCGCGAUCCCAAGCACACGCACAACGAUGGUGAACGCAGACGGACAGACAAGAACGAGUUUGACCGCGGACCAAGCUCUGGUGCCAAGCAGCUGUUUGAUCCAUCCAUCCCCAUGCCUGUCGCGCCCCGGCGUAUGGAGCCUCCCUCCUCGCCUGUCCCGUCCGCCAAGGACAAUGACCGGCGGCGUGAUCCACCGACACCACGGAGACGGCUCUUUGACCCCGAUGCCCCGCCACCUCCUCCUCCGCCGGCGCCGCCUGCCCGCGGCCGGCGACAGCCAGAGCAAGAUCGAGGUGACCGUGGGACACGACACCUCUUGUUUGACCCCGACGCACCUGGCCCGUCAUCAUCAUCGUCAAAGCCGUCCAGUCACAAGCUGUUUGAUCCUGCUGUUCACGACCCCAUGAGCUUUGGCACACGACCACAACCCUCGUCGUCCUCCAGCAGCCGCCCAUCGCUAUUGAUGAAGGGCCAAGUACCCCAGACACCAGAGGAGCAAGCGGACCGCGAACGAGAACGGCGAAAGCGCCGCGAGGGUAGCGAAAAGGGCAGUCACCAUACCAGCCGGCGAAAGGAUUCCGACACGCGCAGUAAAGGUAGCCGCAGUAGCGAGGGCAGCGAGUCAUUCAAGAACCGCGACCGCAGACCUGGAGAAGGCGACUCGGGUGCCAAGGCCUACCUGCGCGCUGCAUACCAUGAGAUCCGCGCGCUCGAGCAAAGCCUUACAGAGAUGCACCGCAAGAUGGCCUCGGAUCCAGAAGCGGGCAUUGGCGCCCUCGUCGUCGACCGACAGACGGACCCACGGCACGUUCACCGCCAACAACAGCAACAACAACAGCACCCCGCCGGCGAUGAUACCUUGGCGUGGACCGAGCUGGUCCAAAUGCACAAGGAGCUCGCGGACCGGCACUACAACUUUCUCAAGCUCGCGCUCGACCCCAAGGUAAAGUACAACAUUCCCGUGCGGCUGUGGCAGAUUGGUUUCCACCAGAUCCUGGAGCGGCUGCGGUUCGCAUGGAUGUCGCACAACCCCAACGCCCUCGACCUGUUAACCGAUUUCAUCUACGACGCAUACCAGUUCUACACCGAACUGUUCGAGGACCAGACGCUGAUGACAUUCCGCACGGCGUGGAUCGAGGCCCUGGGCGACCUCGCACGAUACCGCAUGGCCGUAGCCAGCUCGAUCGUGCCCGACGCCCUCACCCACAAACAGUCUGUGGACGCGAGGAUUGACGAUGACGAGCCCUUUUCGUCGGGCGCUAGUAUCGGGCAAGAAGUGGCCGACAACUGGGAACCAGAGGACAAGGAGACGUGGCGCACGACCGCGCGUGACUGGUACGCCAUGGGCAUUACGGAGAAGCCUGGCGAGGGCCGCUUGCAUCACCACCUGGCGCUCCUGUGCCGCGAUGUGCGCGGACAAGAAGGCCGGGCACUGUACCACUUUUGCAAGGGCCUGACGGCGUCUCACCCAUUCGAGACGUCGCGUGAAUCUGUUCUGCCUCUUUUCGACUCUGCCCUCCAGUUCCAGCGGUCGACGCCCGAGGCGACGGCAAUGGACCUCUUUGUCCGUCUGCAUGGCAUGCUGUUUACAAAGAUCCAGCUCGACGAUUUCAGCUCUGUCAUGUCUCGAUUCAUGGAGCGGCUGGAAGAGGAUGCGAGCCUGGAUGGCGUCAGCCGCAAGGCGUGUGUCACUCAGGUCGACUGGCUGCUCAUGGGCACGGCAAACCUUGCCGCGGUCCUGCAGUACGGCUCGGCGUUUGGUCUCAUCCGCAAGGCGCUCGCCCAAGAGGGAGCGGCAAGACGGCGCGGCCAAGUGACCGACGGCGUGGACGAGGGCGACGAUGGCGGAGACGAUGGCGGCGGCGUGGUCGAGGACGACGAGCCCGUGCCAUCGCUUGCCUCGGACGCCGAACCCCCAUACUCCUUCAUCCUCGCACUCGACUUGGCGUUUGCCGUCCUCGACUUUGCCCUUGUCCACCCGUGGCGGCAGCAAGGCAUCCACCAGGUCCUCAACCCGUACAUUACCAUCUUCCUCACCUUUCUCGCCACCAUCUUUCGCCAGCCAGCCGCUGGUGCGCCGCUUCUCACGCAUGUCCCGUGGCGCCGCCUGGCCGAAUUUGUCAACCAUCUCGGCCUGGAUGUGCGUGAAGAGUCGCGACUCAUUGGGCCCGCACCGUUGCCUGAAGACUGGGCGAUGCGUGGCGCAGAAUGGGUCGGGCGUCGCGUGUACGAGCGCGGAUUCUGGAAGGCCAAGCCAAACGCACGUGGGUCGAGUGGCGGCCCAGCCUUGCCCCGUGUUGGUGAGCGGUUCCAGUCGGAGAUGGACGUGCUCCUCGCCAACUUUGACUCGGCGCUCGAUAUCUCGGAAGGUGUCGUGGACGAGGUGGACGGCGCGGACCUGACGGACGGUCCCGUGGCUGUCAACGACCGCCGUCGUCGCCGCGUCGCUUGGGCGGCGGGUGUACUCGCCGCGCACGUCGAUGGGUUUGAGGUGCACGACGGCACCGUGUCCGUAUGUGGUUCGCUCGCCGCGGCCAUUGACGAGGCAGCGGCAGUCAAGGCGGCCGAAAAGGCCGAACAGGAAUGGCGCGAGGCCACGCGCCGCAAGGCGCGCAUGCCGCUGGAAACGGAAGAGGACAUUGGGGCCGCCGACUCGGAAAGCGAGGAUGACGACCCCGAGCUCGCCGUGCUCCGCGAACGCCGCCGCCACCUCCGCGAGGUCCUCAAGGUGCCUGCCGAGACCACGCCUGGUCGUGGCUCGCCUCGCCCUGCUGGCAGGCGGCGCAACAACAUGGCCCGCGGUGCGCACAACGUUGUUCCAGGGUACACGAUCCUCAUUUUCGACACCAACGUGCUGCUGUCUGCGCUGUCGCAUUUCGCAAAGGUCGUCGAGGGCGGGCAGUGGAGCGUCAUUGUGCCCCUGCCAGUCAUCACCGAGCUUGACGGGCUGAGCAAGAACCCUCCUCCGCUCGGCACCGAGGCGCAGACAGCCGUCGCGUACCUCGAGGCGCGGAUCCGGACACACGCGCUCUGCCUCAAGAUCCAGACCACGCGCGGCAACUAUCUCACCGACCUGCUCAUCCGCGCCGAACACCUGGACUUUGCCGCCGGCGCAGGCGCCGGCCCCAUCAGCAGCGGCGACGACGCGGCGGCCCCCCGCACCCGCGGCACAAUGGACGACAUGAUCCUCAACGUCGCCGCGUUCCAGAGCGAACACUUUGUGGACCGCUCCGCGCUCCUCGGCAUGCCUCCUCCGCCGCCUGUGUCGGAUGGGCAGGGCCUCGGUGGCGGUGCGACCAAGGUGCUCCUCGUCACGUUUGACCGCAACUUGCGGCUCAAGGCGCGGUCGAGGGGCAUUGACGCCGCGGACGAAAAGGAGAUGGCGGCGAUCCUUGCCAAGGGUUAG